UUGGAUAUCCUCAGCAUCCUCCCGUUUGACCUCCUCGGCCUGCAGUUUGGAUUCUCCUCAGUGUACCGAAUCAACCGCUUUGUCCGGAUCGAGUCCUUCUUUGAGUUCAGCGAUCGACUUGAGAGUGUCAUGGCCAAGGCCUACAUCUGGAGAGUGAUUCGCACCACAGGUUACCUGCUCUUCGCUCUCCAUCUCAACGCCUGCAUUUACUACGUUGCUUCAGUAAACCAGGGUCUGGGGUCCACCACAUGGGUUUAUGAUGGGGAGGGCAAUGCGUACAUUCGUUGUUACUACUACGCAGUGCGCAGUCUGAUCAACAUCGGGGGUCUUCCAGAGCCCGUUACCGUCUUUGAGAUUACCUUUCAGAUGUCCAACUUCUUCAUUGGUGUCUUUGUGUUCUCCAGUUUGAUUGGACAGAUGAGAGACGUGAUAGGAGCAGCCACAGCAGGCGUGACGUAUUUCCGGGCAUCAAUGGACGGCUGCGUUGACUACAUGAACACCUACACCAUCCCCAAGGAGGUCCAGAACAGAGUCCGGACCUGGUACAACUACACCUGGGCAGCUCAGGGCAUGCUGGAUGAGUCGGAGCUGCUGGAACAGAUGCCUAUGGUGAUGAGAACUGCCAUCGCUGUGGACAUCAACAUGGCCACCUUCCAGAAGAUCGCACUGUUUCAGGGCUGCGACCAUCAGAUGUUGGUGGACAUGUUGUUGAGGCUCAAGUCUAUCGUCUAUCUACCCGGAGACUUUGUUGUGAAGAAAGGGGACAUCGGUAAAGAGAUGUACAUCAUCAAAGGGGGGGCGGUGCAGGUGGUGGGGGGGCCGGACAACAGCAUUGUGUUUGUCACCCUGAAGGCUGGCUGUGUGUUUGGAGAAAUCAGUUUACUACAGUCUGCCAAAGAUGGAGGGAACAGGCGCACAGCUAACGUGAAGGCGCAUGGCUUCGCUAACCUCUUCGUCCUGGAGAAGAAAGACCUGUUUGAUAUCCUCGUCCAUUACCCAGAGUCUCAGAAAGUGUUGGCCAGGAAGGGCAGGGCCCUGACCAAAGCCAAAGGCCCUCCAGGUCCUAAGGUUAAGGAGGACAAGAUUAAAGGAGGCACUCUGUUUGGACAAAAACCGCAGACUCCCAAGAUAAUUAAACUCUUCGCUAUGUUACGCAAAGGGACAGCGGCGAAGGUAAAGUAGCAUUGUUCAUAGAGAUAACUGGAAUACUUUGGUUAAUAACAAAAUGCCUAAAGACAAUGUGACAACUAGUAGAAGACUUUCAGCAUUGUCUCUUCUCUUUCAGAAAUAAGAGUGGACGAGUGAUGCUGCCAUCUCUACACUCUCUAAUCCCUCACCAUCAUUUAGUGUAGUUCACUUUACACAGGCAUCUGUAAAUACACUUUCAAAUGAUUCACCUUGUUAACCUUUUAUAGAGUCAAAUGUAUUCUGAUCAGUAGCCAAAUCUGUGAAAAUAAUAGCAAUACUUUACUGCAAAACGGAGCAUUUCUAGAUCUAUUACUCACCCUGUGCUAUCUUAAGCUCUCAAUGAAAGAGAGCCGUCAGUACUAGUGAGCAUUAAACGCACCAGUCUCGAAAUAUAGGUUUGCUAUUUUUAUAAAUGGUUAUUUGAUCAGUUAACAUUUCCUUGAACAUGUUUUAAGAUGUGUACAUGUUGCUUUAAUAUAAAAUAAAAGGUUAAGCUGUUAACUCCAAAAUGUGUCCUCGGUGUUCUUUACAAACAGAUAAGCUCUCUCUCUGUUUUCCCUUGUAGUCAUUAGGUUUCUGGAGUGAUUUUGUAUUAGCAGAAAUAGCUGAACAGGUAAAGAGUUACUACAAUUUAUACUUCCAUCAAAUAAGUUAAAGGAAUAUGACAACACAGUUUAGCUGGU